GCAGUAUGACAGUCCACAAAGACAGCCACAGCCGCAACGACACCAUUCACUUCCGCAGAAGCCACCGUCGUGCCAUCUCACCACCGUGCUUCCCACAGUACUCAAACACCUUCCGUCCCCCAUGAUUCCCUAAAUCUUUCUCCCCAAAGACUCCCGCAACUGUUCCCCUAUCACUUGUUCGCGCCUAAACCUCCACCAGAACUCGGUCAGCGAUCGCAACCCUUUCAACUCUCCUUUCUCACCCUCCUUCUUCACCAAGCUGGAGGCCUAACGUCGCCAACAUCAUGGCACGCGGCGACGCAAUGGAGGCGAUGCCCAUGUCGCCGCGACAGUCGCCCGCCGAAUAUGGCCAUGCUGCCAUUGCAUGGUCGAGAAGCCGGAGGGGCAGGAUGCUGCUAUUGAGCGCAGCCUUUAUAUGUUUAAUACUAGGUCUGGCAGGCGCCAGAAAUUCAGAGACAAUAUCCUCGAGCUAUCAUGCCCUUUCGUCUUCCUACCACCUCCCCUCAUGGCGACCGCACCUUCCGAACCUCCCUUCAAUCAUAUCCUCUCCGCUAAAACCCUCCAACCUAACAAUCGAACUCGAGAAUGGGGACAUCGAGGUCCCGUCGCAGCUUAAGAAGACCACACCAAACUUCCACCUCCUCAUGCCCGCAUCCAAAGACGACCCCAACUUUUGCAAGACCACCCUGUCUGCAAUGAUCCUGAACUACCCCCCGGCAACUACAAUGAAUCUGUUUGCGAACUACGAGUCGGCCCUGGAUAGAGAGAAGGCACAGCUCAAGCAGGUGUUGGACUACCUUAAGAACAAGCUCUGGGUAAAAGACGAGGAUCUGAUUCUCCACGUGGAUGGGCAAGACACAUGGUUCCAGCUACCAAGCGAUGUGCUCAUUCGCCAAUACCAGAACGUCUUGGCUGAUGCGAACAAGCGCAUGCUGAAUAAAUAUGGUGUCGACCGGGACGGGCUGCAGAAAUACAACGAGACGAUCAUUUUCGGUGCAACAAAGGUCUGCGAAGGGGAGGACAUGGCGUGCUCGUACGCGCCGGACUCGUUGCUUCCGUCGAACAUCUAUGGCGAGAGGACUGGUCAAGAGAAGGCGCUUACACCGGCCAAAUACCUGGAUUCGCACAUGUUCAUCGGCCCGGCCAAGGAUGUGAGAGCUCUGUUUGAAGCUGCUUUGAAGAACUUCGACGGCAGGCAUAGUUCUCUUGGUACUGCGCAGUCCGUCUUCGCAGCCAUGUUCGGCGAGCAGCAGCUUGCCCGAGAUAAUUCGAUGUCUGGGUCGUCACAGUCGCAAUCUGCUUCAACCGGUACCGAACCCAAGGCUUCCACAUGGCUUAACUGGUUCGGUGGACCUAUCACGACUUCCGAUGAGAGGACGAAGAGGGCCGACAAUGCAGGCGCCGAGCAAUAUGAAUUCUCCAUCGGCCUCGACUACGGACACAUCCUGUUCCAGCCGUUCAGCUACAACGCCGAGGAAGAGUUGGUUCCUCUCCCCCACGACAACUCCACCGACCUUUCGCUCUACCACCGUCAAGGCACGCCCACACCACCCCUCCAUCUUCCCACCGCCCUCGAGAGAGCUAUCCCGCCAUUCUGGGUCAACGACCUCUCCUCCCACAACCCACGGCCCCAGAACGUGAAAGCGACAGAAAUCGAGCCUCUCCAACACCACAAGGAACUCGACAAACUAGAGCCCCGCGACACCCCCUGGACCAACAUCCGCCUCGUCCAAAACACCUACACCGGCUCCAUCCCCUCCAUCCUCCGCCUCAACCGCGCCGACACCGACAAUAACCAGCAGCGCCAAGCCCAAGAUACUCCCGACUCCAUCCCGACCGCCAAACUCGCCUGGUCGGACCUCUGGUACGCUCCCUACGCGCGCGCGCUCCUCCGCAAAGCCUUCCGCACGCCCCAGUCCCCCAUCGGCUUCCACAACGCAGCCGUGGGCGGCGACAACAUGUGGGACUCGCGCGGCGGGCGCGGCGGCGUCUGGACCAUCGCCGACACCCUAUGGUACCCGUGGGGCGAGGUCGACGGCGUGUGCGGCAAGCUCGACCAGCUGCGCCAGGUCUUCGACGACAAGAAGGGCGUCUGGCUGCACGAGACGGAUCCGGACGGCGACAAACAUCGCGUCGAGGCGCUGGCGGAGUUCGAGAAGAAGGUCAAGGAGGCGAAGGACAAGGACGACAAGAGGAAGAAGAAGGCGGAGGAGGAGGAGAGGAAGAAGAAGGAGGAAGAGGAGAAGAAGAAGGGUGGGAAUAGUAGGGUGAGGCGGUGGUUGGUGUGAGGUUUGCAUUUGGUUGAUUCUUUUCUUCGCUCUGAUGAAGUUUCUCUUUGUUGAACGUCACGUCACUUCUCGUGUACAUAAAAGCCCGCGCACCAUCCAACUUCUCUACCUUUCCGUUCGGCGCUUUGGGGGUUUGGGAUGGGAAUGUAGACAUGGGGUACACGAUGCCCCUUUCACAUAGGCGUUCUUUUGGGUUUUGCUUCGGUUGGACCGCCCAGUCGGUUGGCGUUGAUGGUGUACUUCAGAACGGUUCAAGGUAUGCCUAGAUAUGAUGUCCUAUCGAAAUCUAUCUAUUCGUCCAUGCAUCUACAUUCAUCUUUUUCUUCCAUUCCUAUGGGUUCUGCGAACAAGGCAAGGC